AUGGACCAGCUUCUCACCACCCCGUUCACGGACCUGUAUUUGGAUAACCAGACGGAGACUCCCUUAGGCACAACAGGGAGCAGCCCGGGAAGCAAGUGGUCCUUGCACGGCCAGGUCAUGUUUCCGGCCACCAUGAUGGUGACCUUUUUGGGGAUGUUGGGCAACUGUGCGGUUUUCCAGCUUCUCUGCCUCUUCCCUCGGAACAGCCCCUACACCCUCUACAUCCUGACCCUGGUGGUCACUGAUACCCUCAACUUUUGCUGCAAACUUGUGAUCUUGUUGGAAGAAAUCCUAGAGGGGUACCACCUGGUGGCUCUGCACGUCACUCCGUUCCUGGAACCUGUGUCCAGUUUCUUGGACCACGUGGGCCUGUGUCUCCUCGCAGCCCUGAGCGUCGAGAUCACCCUGUGUACCUUCUUCCCCACCUGGUUCCAGCACCACCGUCCGAAGUCCACAUCUGCCUCCGUGUGCGCCCUCACCUGGGGCCUGUCCUUCAGCCUGCAUGUGGGGAAGAAGGUCUGUGGUGACUUUGAGGACCACCUGAAGUGUCAGUGGCUCAUGCAAGUCUUUGUGGGCUUCCACUUGCUCGUGUGUGGGGUGAUGUUCCUGUCCUUCGUGGCGCUCAGCUUCCAGGGUCUUCUACGACGCCCCAGAUGCCGCUGCUCUGCCAGGACCCACCAGGUGGUCCUCAUCACGGUCGCCACCUUCCUGCUCUGGGGCUUCUUUGUCCUGAUGAUCGUGUGCCUGGCAGUGCAGGAGUACCUGUGUGUGACCUUCGACCUCCUGCACCUCCUGUCCAGUGUGAUCAAUGCCGCACACCCUAUCAUCUACUUCCUGGCUGGGUGCCUGGAGAGUGGGGAGAGCAGAAUGUCUCUGAAGGAGGUAUUCAUGUGGUUCAAGCAGAGUGACAUGGAGCUGGAGAAAUCAGGACACACACACGAGGGCUGCGUGGACGCCAGCUCUGAGCUGGAAACGACAGACCGGCUCAGUUCAUCCCAGCAGACGUGGACAUUAGCCUCCCACCCCUAG